GGCUCAUGGUGUGCAGGCUUCCAGCCCCUGGUCUGGAGGGCUGGGGUGGUGUCUCACCCUGAGUGAGACAAAACAGAAGCAGGCUGGAACCUUUGGCCCUCAUCAUCACACAUCUCCUGCUUGCUUCAGGGCAGAGCUCCUCUCCCCCCUCCCUGCUCUCCCCAGGCACACACGAAGCAGCCAGGGCCCUGCAGAACACUGCUGCCUGCCUCAAAAUAUUUCAAGUGGGCUGGAGCAGGCAUGGAGGAAGCAGUGGAAGCCACCAGACACUGAGGCUUUGCUGCAGCAGCCUCACCACAUCCUCCCAUUGCUUCAGUGGAAAGUCCUGUGCCCUAAACCCCCAUCUAGGAGAGGGGAGGGCAGCUGCAGCCUGUGCCAGGGAAUGCAGUGGUGCCAGCUCUGGGCGUGACACUGCCAGUGCUGCCCCACCCCUGUCACCACUUCUUCAGCCACCGGCACCUUCAAGUACUGCCACAACCAGCACAGCUGUGGGAACAGCCACCCUGCUACAGGCAGGGCUGCCACAGUGUCCCAUGGCCACAGAGGAUCUGGCCCCAUGGCCCAGCAAUGCCAGCAGGACCUUGUGCCCCGUGGAUUCCACCUUUGCCCAGCACUUCUUGCCCAUUGUUUACCUGGUGGUGAUCCCCAUGGGGCUGGUGGGGAAUGGGCUGGGGCUAUGCCACCUCUGCCUUGGGAUUUGGCAUGGCACCCACCACCCCCUUGGGCUGCUGGUGGGCAGUCUGGGACUGGCUGACCUGCUGUAUGUCAGCACACUGCCCUUCCUCGUCAGCUACUACCUGCGGGGCAGACUGUGGCUCUUCAGGCACGGCUGGUGCUGGGUCACCUGGGGCCUCUUCCACCUCAACCUCUACACCGGCAUCAGCUUCCACUGCAUCAGCGUCCACCACUACCUGGGCAUCGUGCACCCGCUGAAGGCACAGGGCAGGUGCCAGGCAGUGACCUCCUUGGCGUGGCUCAGCGGAGUGCUCUGGCUGUGGGUCGCUGUGCAGGUUGCUCCAGAUUUUGCCUUCAGCAAGAUGGAUUACAAGGGGGUGCGGUGCCACGACACAACAGGACAUGAGAGCCUGGGCAUUUACCUGCCAUACACCACAGCCAUCACCAUCACUGGGUUUGUCAUCCCCCUCCUCAUCAUCGUCGGAUGCUACUGCCACGUGGUGGUGGUGCUCUGCAGAAACGACACCGUGGACCUCGGCCUCAGGAGAAGAAGCAUCAGACUGGUGAUUCUCAUGGUGGUCCUCUUCUGCCUCUGCUUCCUCCCCUACCACAUCUUCAGAAACCUCAAUUUGUUGUCUCGAGGCUGGCAGCUGCAGGGGUCCUGCACACAGGCUGGAAAGAACAUCUACAUUUCCUACCAGGUGAGCCGGGGCCUGGCCAGCCUCAACAGUGCCCUCAACCCCCUGCUCUACCUGAUGACCAGCAAGGACUGCGUGUCCUGUAUGAGGACCGUCCACCGAAGUGGCAGCCAGUACCUCAGGUCCACCUUUAGGAGGAAAACCUUGCAGGGGAGUGAGAGGAAGAUGGGCAUCAUUCUUCCUGAGGAGGAGGCUUCUGAUGAGCUCUGA